GAAAAGGAAAGUGAAAUCUGGCUAUGUUGGAAAAACACGUACAAGAGAUAGUCGAGGAGCAAAUCGGCUUCUCUUAUUCAUAUCCCACAGUCCGUCCUGUGUGUAUGAGGCAACGACUGAGAGACAGUGGCGAGAGAGCAACACGAUGACAACCCAGCAGCAGGAGGGAGCCCAGUUUAUAGAUGAUCACAGGGCAGAGCUUAUUCAGAGGGUCAGUCCGGUAGAGCCCAUUGCAGAUGUCAUGCUCUCACAGGGACUGAUCCAUCCAGAGGUUAAUUCUAACAUCCUGGCUGCCAGAACCAGCCAGGACAAAAUGAGGGCGCUAUACGGAGCCAUGUCCACUCAACCCCAGAAGGAGGCACUCUACAGCAUCCUGGUGAAGAACUAUUCUUGGGUCACUCAGGACAUCCAUAGAAUGAGGAUAUUGCCGCUGGGAAAAACUUGUGCUGGGAGGAGUGCAUCAGGAAACACAAUCCUUGUGGAAGGACUGAGACAGGAGAGAAUGGCAAUCAGCAUGGGCCACACAGAGGAGGAGAUUAACAAUACCAGAGUGCUGCAGCUGAAACAGAAUGUUGUCGAGCGAGUGCCAGAUAGACCACCAAGGAAGUCAGCAACAUUCCACGUUAGAGUGAAUGGACUGAGAGGGGAGAUAAUGGAAAUCGACGUGGGCCAAUCAGAGGAGGAGAUGAACAAUACCACAGUGCUGCAGCUGAAACAGAAAAUUGCCCAGAGACUACCAGGCUGGGACAUAGAUACCCUGACGAUGAGAUACACAUGCAAGACUCUGGAAGACUCACGCUUGCUCUCCUGUUACGGAAUCCAGGACAAGUCUCUCAUUAAUCUAGUGCUUGAUAAAUAUAGAGAAUAGAGCAUCUUCACCAGUCACAUCAUCCCACUACACUACUCUCCAAAAAAUGCUGGGUUGUUUGGUUGAUCCUGGGUUGCAGGUGCUGGGUUGGGUUGUUUUCUUUAAAAACUGCUGGGUUAUUGAUGCUGGGUGCUAAGUCCCAUUGUUGGGAUACAAUAAGGUGGUAUACCUCAUUAUAAUAUGUAAUAAUGAAUCCAAUGUGUAAAAUGCAAAUAAAAUAAAGGACAAUUUGAAUUUGCGGUAUGUAAGCUUAACAUGAUCAAAUGGGAUGACGUUUACUCUCACAGUGUGGCCAAUACGAUCUAGCUGAAUGCCACACCCCUAAAAUGCGACACUUUUUGAAAAUGACCUUACAUUCAAAAUGACCCAGCUGCUUUGUCAACCCAGCAUGAGAGUUAAAAAUAUCCAACUGAUGGUUAAAUGAACCCUUGUUUGGGUAAUCCAAGACACCCAAUUUGUUAGAUAAGCCGCGCAACCCAACUGGGUGUGAUUUGUCCUUAAUUUCUACCCAGCGCUGGGUUUCCAAAUAACCCAAAUUGUGUUGUUUUUAACACCAAUUUAAUGGUUCUCAAACUGGUCCGUGCUUAGCCAGCUCGUCGGGCUUCCACACCCUAGCUGGCUCGAGAGGUUUCCUUGCCCUGGUUGGCUCGGAAGGCGCCCAUCCCACGUCGGGCUGCCCUGCAUUAAGCACUCAUGCCACCAUCAUUUACGUACACCUGCCUUCCCUCGUCUUUAGUAAUAUUUGAUAUAUCCUUCACUUGGUCUUUACUAUGGUCUGCUCUUGAUGUUUAUCCCUGUGGAGUGUAACAAAACUUUAUACUGAUGUAAAUACUUAUGAAUCAGGUACCUACUGUUUCAAAGAAGUCACAUGAUUUAACAGAGGGGGAAAUUCAACUUCAGAGCCACUUUCUCUCCUCAGUACAGACAGACUGUGGCUGCUGUCCUGGGGGUCACUGCUGAUGUGCGUCUCCUGGCUGCCCUGAUGGUCUCCUACAGGGCAAACUUUUUAUCCAGAUCAAAAUGAUCCCGUGUUGUCUCAAUCCUGUUUCUCCAUUCAAAUUUGUUCCUCAAUCUAAGACAGAAAAUAUUCUGACCAAAUGUCUUGGGAUCAUACAGUACAACAUGAACUUUGUAGCUUAGCGUUAGAAAGUUAUAAAAUAUUUAAGUGUCACUGCAAUGAUACAAUAAUUGACAAUACAAAAUACAGAUUUUAAAAACCACAUUGUUGACCACUAAAAUAGAAUUUGAGAGGAAAUAGCACAUGAUGUGAUAUGUUAGAGAUUUGUUUCCAUUUUGUCUUAAAACGACAUCCAAAAAUGAGGGACCACAUUUAACACAACACAGGGUCAUUUUGAUCUGGAUUUAAAAACCUGGGCCAAUGAGGUACCGCUCAUCCAGAGUCAGGGUGCAUGCUGCCCCUGAGGACCCCAGUGUUUUGCAGUUGCACUCAAGCCUAUGUGAUUCAAAAUAAUACUGAUCGAAACUAGGUGUCCAUAAUGGCAUAGCCUUU